AACGCGUGUGAGUGAGAGUGGGGUUUUGGCCGCCAGUUUAUUAGUGUGCUGGCAGUGAUCGGGUGGAGUGUGCACUCAUCCGCCCGGUGCCUCGCGAUUUAACCUGCUUACAUCGGCGUCAGUGUUCCUUCCCUUAUACCAUCAUCAUGUCAUGCCCCUUCCUAUCUCGCCUGCCCGGCCAGUUUGUGAAGAACUACUGCCGGACACUGGUGCGGCAAUACGGCGAGAUGUGCCCCGUGGUGACCAGCUUCAUGCCAGCCAGGACCUUCACCUCCCUCUCCUCCAACCAAGACUCCGAGGGUGAAAAGAAGUGUCCCUUCCUGCGUGGCCAGAAUGUGGUGAAGCAAGCCAGCCGGGAGGUGCAGGAGGACGUCAUUGAUCUCUCCACCAGGGAACAAGGCCCUGCUGGACUAGAAGUGAAACCUAAAGAGGAGAUGAAAUGCCCUUUUUUAGCUUCUCAAGUCAGCCCAGAUCAAAAAGACAAAGACAAAGAGGUGGAAGAGGUGCAAUCAUUCCCAUACAAUGACUUUUUCCAAGAGCAAAUCUCCAAGAAGAAAGCCGACCAUUCCUAUCGUGUGUUCAAGAAGGUGAUCCGCUUGGCCGACCAGUUCCCCAAGGCCAAGGAGUAUUCCUAUGGCGAGAAGGACGUCACUGUCUGGUGCUCCAACGACUACCUGGGAAUGUCGCGCCAUGAGGACGUGAGGGGGGCAGUGCGGACCUCCCUAGAGAAGCACGGGGCUGGUGCAGGAGGAACCAGGAACAUCUCAGGGAACACCAUCCUGCACGAGGCUUUGGAGGCCAAGCUGGCGUCCAUCCACCAGAAGGAUGCCGCGCUGCUCUUCACCUCGUGCUACGUGGCCAACGAUUCCACCCUGUACACGCUGGCCAAGGCACUGCCAGGUUGCCAUAUCUUCUCGGAUGAGGGCAACCACGCCUCCAUGAUUCAGGGCAUCCGCAACUCGGGCGCUCCCAAGCACAUCUUCCGUCACAACGACCCGGAGCACCUGGAGGAGCUGCUGCAGUCUAUAGACGUCUCCAUCCCCAAGAUUGUGGCCUUCGAGACGGUGCAUUCCAUGACUGGCGCCGUGUGUCCCCUCAACGAGCUGUGUGACAUUGCUCACAAGUAUGGCGCCAUCACCUACGUGGAUGAGGUGCAUGCCGUGGGUCUGUAUGGAGAGAAGGGAGCCGGGAUUGCUGACAGGGAUGGACUGCACCACAAGAUUGAUAUUGUGUCAGGAACUCUAGGCAAGGCUUUUGGCAACAUUGGGGGCUACAUUGCUGGGGAUGGAGCUUUGGUGGACAUGAUCAGGAGUUACGCAGCCGGCUUCAUCUUCACCACUUCCCUGCCGCCCACGGUGGUAUCUGGGGGGCUGGCCGCUGUCACUAUCCUAAGUGGGCAGGAGGGACGCGCCCUGCGAGCCAAGCACCAGGAGGCCGUGAGCUACCUCAGGUCAUUACUAAUAGAAAACGGGUUGCCGGUGGAGCAUUGUCCUUCCCACAUCAUUCCUAUACAUGUGGGGGAUCCUUUACUGGGCACCAAGAUCUCUGAUGAGCUCAUAAGGAACUACGGCCACUAUGUGCAGGCCAUCAACUACCCAACGGUGCCUCGGGGCCAGGAGAAGCUGCGGCUCGCCCCAACACCCCAGCAUACCAGGCCCAUGAUGGAGAAGUUUGUGCAGGACCUGCUGGUGGUGUGGAAGGAACUCAACAUGCCGCUUGGGAACACCACUUGUCCUGAGCAAUGCACGUUUUGCAAGAAGCCCUUGCUCUUCAAAGCACUGGAAGCCCGGGAGCCAUGCAAACCUUCCUGUGACAAGCCGUACUGCCCCCAGCUGGCCAAGUGCUUCUAGCACCACCACCACCACCACCAGGACGACACGUCGAGACCACAUUGAACAGGGAUGCCGCACUGCCCACCACACUGACCCACACCUGCAGAUUGAUGAUGGAUGGACUGAAGGAAUGUUGCUUUUUAGGCAGAGAUGUGCUUCAAAAAAGAUUUGUUCUGAAUUACAAAAUUCCAUUUAAUUUCCUGUAUAGGAAAAUAAUUCCAAUAUAUGAUAUUAAUAUAAUAAGAAAUUAAUAUAUUGCACACAACAAUAUAUAGAGCAUAUAUAUAUAUAUCAGAGUAUUUUCAUGCCCCUAGUAUGUAUGUAUAAUAAAAUGAAUAAAGCAUAGAGGUGCAGCAAUCCA